CCCUACGGUCGGUAACCAUAGCCCCAUUUCACCGGAGACGACCGUGUCCAGAAUGACGAAUAUAAAACGUUCCGUGCGAAUUCCAUGAAAGGCAGGUAGUUGGAUAUUUCAUGCUUGACACGUCGCAUAACGGCAUAGUUUCAAUCGAGCGGUCAAUACCAAAUGUGCCAUGGAAAUGUUUAUCUUCAAAUGAGGCCUGUUGAUACAGGUUUAUUUAGUUGCCUGGUAGUUCCUAUCCUGGAUUACAAUGCCUUCAAAUUACGGAUCCCUGAUGGGCCUGGGCUCGGAGUACGUGACAAUUAAAGCGCACUACAGCGGGGACAUGCUGAUCACGGACCUGGCUGCCACGGUAACCUACAUGGGACUGUGUGAGGAGGUGAGGGUAAUGUGCAGCCUGGCCCGGCAGCAGCCAAUCACACUCAAGUGGAUCGACGAUGAGGGAGACCCAUGCACCAUCUCUUCUCAGAUGGAACUGGAGGAGGCCUUCCGGAUCUACAGCCGCAACAGGAACUCUGGACUCCUGCUGCACGUCUUCCCCAGUAUACCAAUGAAGCCUGGUAUGCCAUGUCCAGGUGAAGACAAAUCGAUCUACCGCCGCGGGGCCAGACGAUGGAGGAAGCUCUACCGAGUCAACGGACACCUCUUCCAGGCCAAGCGCUUUAACAGGAAAGCGUACUGUGGCCACUGCAGUGAAAGGAUAUGGGGGCUGGGGACGCAGGGCUACAAGUGUAUCAACUGCAAACUGCUGGUCCAUAAGCGCUGUCACAAACUCGUUCCUCUGACCUGCCAAAGGCAUAUGGAUCCAGUCAUGCCAUCACAGGAGCCCCCUUUAGAUGAGAAGAGUGAAGAGGUGGACCUCCCCCCUGAAGACACAGAGGAUACAGAUGGAAUAACUUUCCUACCACACAGUCGCCAAGUGGACAAAGUGGAAAAGGACUCGAAGGACAUCAAAGCGGUGGUGGACGGGAUCGACGGCAUCAAGAUCUCCCAGGAGAUGGCGCUGGGCCUGGGGGACUUCGACCUGAUCCGGGUGAUCGGCCGCGGCAGCUACGCCAAGGUGCUGCUGGUGCGACUCAAGAAGAAUGAACAGAUAUACGCCAUGAAGGUGGUCAAGAAGGAACUGGUUCAUGACGACGAGGACAUCGACUGGGUGCAGACAGAGAAGCAUGUGUUUGAGCAGGCGUCUACCAAUCCGUUUUUAGUGGGCCUUCACUCCUGCUUUCAGACAGAGAGCCGGUUAUUUCUCGUGAUCGAGUACGUCAACGGAGGGGAUCUGAUGUUUCAUAUGCAACGGCAACGGAAACUACCAGAAGAACAUGCGAGAUUCUAUGCCGCUGAAAUUUGUAUCGCUCUGAAUUUCCUGCACGAAAAGGGAAUCAUCUACCGAGAUUUGAAACUGGACAAUGUCCUCUUGGAUCACGAGGGACACAUCAAGCUCACAGACUACGGGAUGUGCAAGGAGGGCAUCAGACCUGGAGACACAACCAGUACAUUCUGUGGAACCCCCAACUACAUCGGCCCUGAGAUCCUCAGAGGGGAAGACUACGGGUUCAGUGUUGACUGGUGGGCAUUAGGCGUGCUCAUGUUUGAGAUGAUGGCCGGGAGGUCCCCGUUCGACAUCAUCACUGACAAUCCUGACAUGAACACAGAGGAGUACCUCUUCCAAGUUAUUCUGGAAAAAACAAUUCGCAUCCCAAGGUCUCUGUCGGUAAAGGCUGCCAGCGUGCUGAAGGGCUUUUUAAACAAGGACCCCAAAGAGCGUCUGGGUUGCCAGGUCCAAACGGGCUUCACUGACAUCAAGUCGCACACGUUUUUCCGCAGUAUAGACUGGGACCAGCUGGAGAAGAAACAGAUGGCCCCGCCCUUCAAGCCCCAGAUCACAGACGACUACGGCCUGGAGAACUUUGACACCCAGUUCACCAACGAACCAGUGCAGCUAACGCCAGACGAUGAGGACGUCAUCAAGAGAAUAGACCAGUCCGAGUUUGAGGGAUUUGAAUACAUCAACCCCCUGCUGCUAUCCACGGAGGAGUCUGUAUGAGGGGGAGGAGACCUCCUUUUCUUCUCCCACCUGUGUCUGUCUCCCGCCCCCGCCCCCUCCACCCCUCUCUCAGCCAAAUCACUGAACAACUCCCUCUGCCGAGGAGGAGGAGGAGGACAAAGAGAGGGCAAGAACCUCUCGGCACGAAGGACGAGGCUCGAGGACACAAAUGCGAAAAGGAGCCUUUUUUCUUUUGUCGUGGAUCUCCCAUAAUGGAUUGCAUUAUUUUGUCGCCGGGGCAAAACUCUUUGGAGGUGGUCAACAUUUUAAAAAAUACACAGGAACAUUCCCAAAACUCGGUUGUUGAUUGUCUUCCUGUUUUUUUGGCUUCGCGGUUUUGUUUGUUUCCCCAGCAACUUAAUUUAUGUGUCAGCGGCAGAAAGCGACUUCAUUCUGGGCCUGCCAUUGGAAAACCGAUUUUCCAGUCCCGCCCCCCCUGGAUGGAAUAUGAAAGUUCUACGACUCAGAACUUUAAUUUGUGUUUCUUUUUCUUUUCUUUUUUUAUCCUGUAGAACUCCGCUGCCUCGAGCAAAACAAGAAUGUACAAUGAUGGAAGGAAAACAUUAUAUGAUAGAAGUUAUUGUGUAUUAUAAUGUAGGUAGCGACUCCAAAUUGAUGAUGCCUUUCUAUUGAUGCAAAGUGGCACGUUUUAUUCAUGACCAUGGACUUUGUUUUUGUUUAUUUUCUUCAGCAGUUUGAUUUUCAUGAACGAAACAAUUUUUUUUCUCCAUCUUUUUAUUUAAGAAGUGCCUCAAAGAUCCAAUCUACACCGUGUUUCUGAUUGCACUUAUUGAUUGUUCCAAUUCCCUUCAGCUGCCUGGUGGGCGGGUUUGUUGGUGAUAAAAGAUGUUGGAACACAUCAUGCAUAAAGACCACAGGGCCUCAAUUCUAAAAGGUUUUAAUGCACCGAUUUGUUUUGUAAAUUGUGCAUACACCGAAAUGUAGAGUAUGUCAAUGUUUUAAGAGUUAAAGAUUUAACAACCUUCAGCUUGAUGAUCACCUUGAGCUUGAUCAUCACAACACAAACUUAUCAUCUGUGGGUGAACAGAAUUCUGAACGAUAAUGCAUCGUCCUCUGCACUAAAGUCUGGGCUAAUGUACGUCACUUAGAACGUCUUAAGAAGUCCAAGUUCCCAUAGUCCUUUGCCAUAAACAGCAUAAAGAUGUAAGUUAGUUGAUCACCGUAGAUGGUGAGUGAAGGGCGUUUAAUGGGGAAAUCGUUCUAAAUUGUGCAUACUCCCAUUUUUGAGAACUGAUUGAACGCUCAAAUUUUGUAUAACAACUCAUUUUAUAAAUGAGGCUCCAUGUCUUAUGCCAUCCAAAUGGUUGAAUCUUUAAAAUGAACGUUAUGGAGCACAGUAGCCAACCAAGGUCCUGAUGAAAGCAUGGUUAUAUAUGGUUAAAUACAGUACAGGGCUACAUCACUCCUGAAUGAUCAAACCUUAAAACGUAUUGUCUCCAUACACUGGUGCUCAAUGUGACAAACUGUGUUGGAUGUCAGUGACUGGCAGGCUGGUGAUUUGGCUGAACAGCUGAAGGCUACACUGAUUCUAAUAGUUGAGGACUGGACACGAUGGUGGGGGAAGACAUUGUCAUGGUGCACAUGCUGACCUGCACUACAACUGACCUGUGGUCAGUGAAUAGGGGCGAGAUUAUGAAGCUGUGGCAUAUCCACAGAUUAGUUGCAUACCCGAAAGCACACACACACACAAACCUACUUUUCAAAGAGCACGAUUCUCUUCAUCCACGUAAGGGGAGAUUCCACUUUUUCAAAGCCAUCUCACUUUCGAUAGCACAUCACAUCAGUGUCACCAUUUUGUUUUAUUUAUGAACUGUGUUUUACGUUGAACUAAAAAAGGAAUACAUUCACUUGACAUUGUCUCUUGAGAGACCAACGGAUUAACUGAAGCGGUAGCUCUUGAAAUCGUUCCUAACGCUAUAGCAACGGCUAUUUAAACCAGGAAAAAUAAAAUAAAGGUUAGAUCUCAAUUGUAUUUCCUCGAUUCCUCGCAUCCUCUCUUCUCGUCUCCUCUCAUCUCCUCAAAACGCAUUAGAGCAGAAGAUCGGCGGUUCCUCCCAAUACAAUUGAGAUUCACUCAAAGAGUAUCUGUAAAAAUAUUACUUAGUCCAUGAUUUUUUGUGUUCUAACAUAUUUGCUGGUUGGAUGUGCUUAAUUCUGCUUUAACGCAUCUCUGUAAAUAUCUGUAAUUAUUAAAAACAAAAUGUUUUUCCGUGAA